AUGCAGGCCAACCCCGAUAAAAGUACCUUUAUCAUCGGUGCCAGAGGACAGCAAGCACGCAAGUGGGUGAAACGCUGGGUCCGCAAGGACUCCGACGGUCGCAAGCAGUUCCAUUUUGGAGGUGCCAAACAAGAUAGAGUCCCCGUGGCCAGUCAACUUACCUAUCUUGGAGUUGUUCUCUCUUAUCGGAAUUUCGAGCUGGCGACUGCUAACCAUAGGAUAGGGGUAGCCGCAGGUCAUCGUGAUCGGCUCCGCCGAAUUUUGCAUGCCAGACGUGUGCUCAGCGUGGGGCAUCGCCUCCGAUUGUGGCGCAUUAUGGUGCAGACGUCGCAGUUAUAUGCUGUUGAGGCUGUUGGCCUGACCACUGAGACGGCCAAACUUCUUCACAUCCAGACUAUGCGGCAUAUGCGGGCAAUCAUUGGCUCUGCCAGGCACGUGGAUGGGGAUUCGGAUCAGCUUUUCAUGCUUAAGCAUUGCAUCCCUGAUUGUGUAGAGCUGGUUAAGACAAAGUGCGACGCUUUUUGCCAACGACUGGCACGAACAGAGCUUGAGACCCCUUGCUUUGGUGCCGAGGGCAUUUUGCAAUGGGCACAGUUUGUGCGGGACUCCCUGCCGCCACCCUACAUUGCUAAGCCUCGGUCUCAGCCAACUCCUGCAUCUUCGACCUCUGUCCCCAACCCCGUCCCUGAGGAUUCGGCACCCGGUGCUCAUCCUGAGCCCGUACCUCUGCCUCCGCUGUCCAGUGAGCGUGCUACUGCUGGUGCAAUCGUUGCUUCUGCACCCUCUGCUCCUACGAUGGCUCCGUCCUCGGGACCACCUGCACCUUAUCAACCCGAGAACGGCUUCUCCUGCGAGAUCUGUCAUCAGGUCUUCCAUACCCUGCACGAUCUCAAGACACAUGAGGGCAAGGCUCACAAGAAGGUCCGGGAUAAAAUUGCACAGGUUCAGCACACUGAGCAUGGCUACAACGGUUUUCCCAUAUGCAGGCACUGUGGUGACAAAUUCUCCAAAUGGAGUGCGCUUACAAGGCAUGUUACCAGGCAGGGCUGCCCUGCCCUUGAACUUGGUGAGCCGGAAGCAUAUGCAAAGUCGCAGGCUGAGGCUAUGGUGCUGCCCCACGUGCAAAGGCCACACAUUAUCCAAGCCAUACGUGAAAAUGGCUGGGAGUCGCUCUUGACCAAAGCUGAUCUGUGUGUCGACCUCAAGCAACGGUGUGCCUUGUGCUAUCAAUGGGUCGAUCCAGUGCUCCAAGAGAAGCAGCUAUGGGGGCAUCUUCUGCCCUCUCUGGAGGAGGCGGCUCACGAUUGGCAAAUGGGUCACGACGACAGCAAAGGGGACAAGCCAUCGGAGACAAAGCCGAAGGACCUGAACAAGCGCCGUCGCACAAACGACAAUCCAGGCUCCAGUUCGGACAAGCACGAUCGCAAGGGCAAAGGCAAGGGCAAGGGCAAGGCCAAAUCCUCGAAGGAUGCAAGCAAGAUGGAACUGAAGGAGGCGGUUCAGCUUAUGGCGGCCAUGACACUGCAGCUAGUGGAUCAGGCGAGCAGGGUUCAGCUGGACACAAGCUUUCUACUUACCAUGAAGAACGAGCAGGGUCCGGAAAAUCUGUUACCCAUCAUGUACAAGGUGUGGAAAGCCUGGAAAACCAUGCAAGAACAAGAACCAAGCAAGCUGGACAAACCUCUUCGUUGCAGUAUGAUGAUCUCCAUGCUUCUGGAAAUCAAGGCCAGAGCCAAAAAGCUACUGGACGACUCCGAGCAGCAGGAACGCAUGAAGGCUCUCGAGUGGAUCGACUCCGAGGGUCGAUGGGUCUAUCGCAAAUGGUCUCCCACUCAGGAGGCUCUGUACCUGGAUCAGUCCAGGAAGCCGAUUCCUCAAACAGUAUUUAUCGAGCAGCUGGAUCAAGCCAUGACUUUGCUUGUACGUCCGGAAAACAUGCCGAGAUUUCAGUCGAGGGAAUUGGCUCCAGAGAUGAAGGGCUACGCGGUGACCUUUCAUGUGGACAUUGGGCUCCGCUCGGAAGCAGAGCCUCUGUGGCAGAUCUUCAACACAUGGGUGGACCUCCAGGCUUGGGUGUUGGGGGCGGUGAGAAUUCGGCCCCAUCGGCUGAAGCGGCCGCCCGCGGCCGAUCGCCUAUCGGUCUGGCUUGGCAAUCACUGUGCCAAUCCUUUCAUGAAAGCGCUUGCUGCACUACAAGGCUUAAGCUUCUCUCGUGAUUAUGGCCUCUUCAACAUGCUCUCUUGGAGGUCGCUGUUUAUGGGGUGGAGCAGGCCGAAUCAACAGCAUGAUGCGACCGAAUUCCUUCUUCAUCUGCUGCGCCAGGGGUCUGAUGCUCCCUGGGUGAGCCGCUGGCUGGCUGGUACGCAACUAGGCGACCGCUUCGAGGUUGAGGAUUCGGGCUCCAAUGUCAUCUUGAUGCCAAUUGCAGGUGCUGGCGAUGCUGAGAGAUGCACUCUCCAAGAGUGUAUCACCGCUUGGCAUACGAAAUCUUCGCAACUCUGGGAGGGCAAAACAUGUCUUUAUUGCAUCAGUGAGUUUGAGACUCAUGAACCGCUCCGACUUGUCGAUUCACUUUGUGAUUUGAUCUCAAUCAGCAUGGCCGCGCUCGCCCUCUCAAGCAACAGAAGGGGCUGGCAAUCUGAGAUUCUUCGGCCGGAGCCUCCCUUGCGAAUCAACCUUGUGCACCUGCUUGGGGCCACGGCUCCCGGGGCUCGGUGCAUUCUGCUCGCCGGCGCCUGGCUCUUGCUUACAACCGUCCUUGACAUGAGUGACUCCGCUCGCCAGGUCGAUGAGCUUCUCCGCACCAUUGAUCUUACAGAUGCCGGGGGGAUUGAGGAUCAAGAAGCUGGUUCAGUCGUGCCAGAGUCUGACCAGAACAUUCCUGCUGCACCAAGCUUAGAUCAAGAGAUUCCGGACAACCAGCUGUUGUCAUUUCUUGAAGAUGAUGAGGUGUGGGACGGCCGAUCCCUUAGCGCCCCUGACCUUUCUUGUGCUGCUGAAAUUUCUGAAUUGGAGAGGGAGUGGUACUUGAUUGCGGGGUCGUUCGGGGCAGCCGCUGCAGAGUGUGCGCCUAGUGAGCAGUCACCACCGAGCUUGGAGCCAGAGCAAACUCUGGCAGUCCCGGCCCUGGACAGCAUCGCCGAGGACCAGUUGCAGCAGAGUGCCGUGGGGCAUAUCCAUAAGAGGCUCCGCUUGGAAGCCCCACUCCUCCCGUGGGAGACACAACCGUUUGCCGCAAUCUUCGGGGGCCCAUCUUGGCAUGACACCUUGCAGCGCCGGAUCAAUUUGGAUCUAAUGCCUGGGGUAGGUAGUGCCGACGUCCUUAAGCCUGCCGUGCCUAAGGUUCCUGCCCCUAAGCCCCAGAUCGUAGCAGCGUCACUUGCGAACCGUCUUCACCGCUUCCGGCCGGAGGCUUCAGACGAAGAUAUUCGCAAUCUUGCCUUAGCCAAGCUCAAGGUAUUGAUUACUAGUGACCCUCUGGCCAGUGAGCUGGGUAAGUCCUUGAUUGAUAAGCUGGGAGGUCUGGUGCAAGAGGCUGUGGUAGCUCAGUCCUUUGCAGAUGCUUUCCGUGCCAAGGCAUCAUCCACGCUCAAUGGGCAUGCUUGUGCGCUUACACGGUUCAGCGCGUGGUGUGCUUGCCAGGCGGCAGAACCGCUUCGAGUUGAUGAGGAGCAGCUAUAUGCGUACUUGUGUGAAAUGCGGUCCUCCAACCGGGGGGCUACUUCGGGAAACAAGUUUUUGCAGUCGCUGACUUUCUUGGAGUACUCCGUUGGAUUGAUCUUCUUUUCAACUGAUGUGGCAGUAUCUGCGAGGGUUCGGGGCGUAGCUCGUGACAUGGCCCUCACCAAGGCUCCGCUGUCUCAGAGGCCCCCACUCACUGUGGAACAGGUUGCGGCACUUGAGGCCCUACUUGUUAACGACCUGAAUGAUACCGACGCCUGUGUGCUGGGCCAGAUACUCUUUGCUGUCCACUCUGCCGGCAGGUGGAGGGAUAUCCAGGGGUUGCAGUCCGUGGAUGUCUCCGAAGGUUCUGAGACCACCCUGUUGCUUGCAAAUGGCCUGAAGAGCAAGACCACCCAAACGGCUGAGGCGCAAAGGAGGCUCUUGCCGUACGUCGCAAUCUCCACUGGUGUCUCGGGUUAUGACUGGGGUGACCGGUGGCUCACCGCCCGCAGGAACGAGGGCCUUCAGUGGGGAGGCGACUUCUGUCUCCCUUCGUUCUCCUUGAGGCUGGGGCAGUGGAGCACGGAGGGAUCGUUCAAUCCAGAUUUGCCACCGGCCCGCCGGGUGGAGCACCUCGCCGAGGCCAUCAUGGUAGGGAGCUCGCAGGCGUCCAACUUGGGGCAGCACGCCCCAGCCGGGGAGGAUAGUGCCUCCUCCGACGAUUCCGACGCGGGGAUCCCAGAAGGUCACGGCGGGCGGCAGGCCGCAGACUUGGUUCGGGGGGCGUUCCCGGAUCAGUUCCUUCAGGACAUCGUGGUGCACAGGUUCUCGGGCAUAUCGCAUGUUGUUAAGGACUCCGGCAUGCUUUGGUGCCAUCGGCCUGUAAGUUCGAACUACACGCCACUGUCCGAAGCCGGCGUUGCUGCUGAGUUCCCUACUGCAUGCCAUCAGUGCUCGAGAGCCCUGGGCCUGGGGGACGACCCAAACGAUGCGCUACCUUUGGAGCCGGGACAGCGAGCGUUGGCAUGUCUCGACUCUUCUGCUUACUUCCUCGAGCGGCUCGCGAAGGUUGGCUUGUCAAAUGAGCUGAGGGACGCGCUGGCCCGAGCCGGGUACACGACCUUUGGGGCUCUUGCCUUUGCGGUCUCCUCGACCCCGGGUGCAGCUAGCGAUGAGGCCGUCUCCCGGUGGGCGCAGCACCUUGCAGAUCCGCUACCGAGUGAGCACCAAAUGUCAGUGUUGCGCCGCUUGCUCUUCGAAGCGCAGUCAAUGUCGAUUGCCGAGAUGCGUGACCGGGUAAAUCAGGCGCCAGGCGAGGCUCCCACUCGCAAGCUGCCAAUGAUAGAGCGGGCUGAAAGGCUCAAAGCCCUGCGUCGAAAGCUGCCUGGACUUAUCUUGACCCCGGACACUCUGCCAGCAAACCGCUUAGUGGAUAACUACGUUGACCAGCUUGAUUCGGGUGUGCUCAGCUACGUCAAGCCAGACGCGUGCAUCAGCCGAGCACAGGAGAUGGAUUCCAACAAGAGGGAUCCGACCUUGCAGGUACAGGGAAAUGAGCUGAAGCUUGCCGCCAAGCAAGUGGAGCUGAGGUGCUCCAUCAGCACUGACAUGCAGUUGAGGCAAGCUUGGACUCGGAGGUCUCUUGCAAUGGAGCUUGCGCAGCUGGCCUCUUACACCGUGCUAGAAACCUGGGUUCAAAGCCUGUUCUCGAGGAUGCAGCGGGAGCCUCCUGCGGGGUAUCACUCAGUCUCGCUCUCUCAGGUUAUGGCUGCAGACCGGGAGCUGUUUCAGCUGUUGUCGCACAACCUUAUGGGGCAGAUCCAGGCGUCGGCUGGCGCUGCUCGACCCCUAGAUCUGGAGAUCGAAAGCUUAAGCAAGAGCACUGACGUGCUUGUGCACUUGCUGCCGCUUGUGAAGCCUCCUCCGAUGCCUCACCCGACAAAGCGACCUCAUCCCGGGGCCGCGUCUCCCAAUCCAAUUUUGGCUGAGGGCCUCAGUGGCCCCGAAACACAGGAUGCCGAGAGCUUCGCGCUGAACCUCCUGGCGAAGGCCGAGAUCCCUGCAUCUUCUGUGGCUCAAUUGUCAUUCCUUUUGCCAUGCGAUUCCAGUGUUCGGCCGUCAAGCGGCCCCAAUGCCUUCCUUUUCAGCUGUGGUGCUUAUGUCCACGGGGGUGUCACGGGUACUUUUGCUAAUACUCGAACCCUGCCUGCAUGCACCCAGCUCCUUGCGCGUUUUGCAAAGCAGUUCGUCGGGGACUCUUUUCCAUUUACAUCCCUUGUGCUCCUCCGGGACAACCUCACUCGCAUGCAUCGUGAUCGUAAUAAUACCGGCCUUAGCGCGUUGAUCCGAUGCUCAGAUUUUGAGGGUGGAGGUCUAUGGGUUGCCGACCCCAAGGGCUCCUCGCCCAUGCAUUUCGAAGGCAAGGUGCAUCAGGGCUCCACUCGGGAGCUUGACCGCUGCCUGUACUUUGAUCCGCGUCACCUGCAUUGCACCUUACCAUGGUCCGAGGGUCCUCGAAUUGUCCUUGCAGCCUACUCAGUUCGAGAUGCUUGUAAACUCCCACAGGCCGAUGCUGACUUGCUGCUCAAGCUUGGAUUCGUUCGGGGCCCGGGCAAAGUUGAAGUGCCUUCGACUGUGGACUUGCAGCCCAAUACCCAGGCUUCCCCUAGUGGUUUAGGCCCUGCUUGCAGUCUCCCUUUGGGUGUUGGCGAGCCAACUUCUACGAGCCCAGCAAAGCUGGAUCCGCCUGCCCAGCGACCCUUGUUCAUCGAGCUCUUCGCUGGAUCCGCAGGCCUGUCUCGGGCCAUGCUCGACUUUGGGUUCGAAGUCGUUACUUUCGAUCAUUACGUCAACCACCCUAAGGCCCCGGUCUGUAAGCUGGAUUUGGCAACUGCCUCUGGUCAAUCGGUUGUCUGGGAUCUUCUUCAAGCCCGAGUGCCCUUUGCCGUACAUCUCGCGCCUCCGAUUCUUGCUGGCCAUGAGGCCCUUUUGGAGUUCUGUUGUGACAUCGUCGGCUGGUGCACCCAACAUGAUGUCGUCGUGUCCCUUGAACAGCCUGACCGAAGUGAAAGCUGGGCCCUGCUCACGUCGAUGGCUCGAUCGCGUCUCCCAGCCGCGAGCCUGUCCAAAUGGGCUGGCCUCCAGAAGAUCGUGUACCCCCUCUGUAUGCACGGGGGGUCGAGCCGGGCCCUGUCUCGUCUCCUUUGUACGGCUCGGGUUUUUGACACUCUGGCUGUUGCUUGCGACGGCAAGCAUUGGCAUGGUCCGCGCCCCGGACCUUGGGCUGCGCCUGCAGCCUACCCGCCGGUCCUCUGCCAUCGCCUAGCCGGCUGCCUGCUCCAGUGUGCCAAGGUCUUAGAGCUCAAGAGGAAAUUGGCGAUUGCUAAGGCUGAAAUUCUUGUCAAAAAGCUCAGCUGCUCUGAGAAGGCUAGGCACAAUGCCCUACCGGAUCAUAUGAAGAAGGUGCUUGAAAGCAAGAAUCUUUCUCUCUUCGAGGCGCUCCUCAAGGAACAUGCUUACUGGGACAUGGGGGUAGUCCAGCUCAUGGAACAGGGAGUGGACCUUGUUGGGUUUCAGGACACCCCUUCUUGCUAUCCCCAAAAGAUUGCUCCUGCCACCAUGUCGAGGGACGAGUUCCUUGACUCCGCCGAAUGGAGGCGGCGGGCUCUCACAACACCCGGCGCCAGGGCUCCGGAUGCAGGGCAGCUCGCCCACCUUGAGCAGACAUGCAAGGAAGAGGUAGACCUUGGGUUCAUGCUGGGACCCUACACGGAGGAUCAAGUGUCCCGGCUGUUCGGCCACACUCGCUGGUCGUGCAUCCGGCGGUUCGUCUUGGAGCAGAAGCCAGGGAAACUUCGGCCCAUAGAUGACGCAAAGGAAGCCCUUGUGAACAGCGCCAGCACCUCAACGAUGCGACUCGAGCUCGAGGACGCCGACUACCUGUCUGCUAUGGCUCUCGAGGUUGCCCGACGCAUCCUGGCAGACCCUUCCAAACCCGGUGCGGUGCCAUGGGUAGCCAGGUGUCUUGACUUGACGAAAGCCUACAAACAGAUGUGUGUCUCGGAGCGUGACCUGCCGGUCUCGGUGGUCUUCUUUCUUGAUGGACAGGGCAAGCCCAGGUACUACGUGAGCCACUCGCUGUUAUUCGGAUGCACAUCGUCAGUAUUUGCAUUCAACAGGGUGUCCAAAGCAAUCUCCUUCCUGUUGAACCGAAUGUUGCUUGUGCCAAGCUCCGUGUUCUACGACGACUUUCCUCUUCUGUCACCGAACAACACAAGUGACAGCGCAACGUGGGCCACAACCGCACUGCUUGAUCUUCUGGGCUGGGGUCACGCCCGCGUGGGCAAGGACGCUAAAGGCGUUCCGUUUGCGGCAAGCUUCGAGGUCCUUGGGAUGUCGAUGCAACUUGAUGGUGUUCACCGUGGACGCCUGACCCUUCAGAACAAAGCCGGACGUAUCGAGCAGCUCGUGGCCUUGUUUCAGGGAUUUCUUGACAGGGGUGCCAUCACGGUGCACGAGGCACAAGUCGCCCAUGGACUCUUGAACUUCUCUGCAGGCUAUGUGAAUGGUCGGGCCUUACGCUUAACAUGCCAGGAGCUCCUUCGCUUGACAAAGGCUUCGAGCCCCGCCUCUUCGAAGGCGAUCCGCAGCUUCUGCGUCAACAGCAUUGAAGCCCUCCGUGCACUUAGCCCUCGCGUGCUCAGUGUGUGGGACAGCCGAGCCCCGAUACACAUCUUCACGGACGGUGCGUGGGAGCAGCGCCGAGCCGGAAUCGGUGCCGUCAUCUUUGACACAGCUUCCGGCAAGUCGUGGACUUAUGAGGGUCUCGUCCCAGAACCGCUCAUCCUCCGAUGGGAGGCCGAGGUCGGGACUCAGCUCAUUUGCCAGAUCGAGUUGUACGCGGUGGUAUGCUUGAGGUGGGCCCUGGCUUCCACCUUUGACCACAGGCGCUUGAUUUGGUGGAUCGAUAACGAAUCGGCACGAUAUGGUCUGAUCAAAGGCAUUUCGGAUAGUCCUUCGAUGUCAUCCUUGAUUCAGUCUUUUGCGAUUGCAGACUCCAAGGCACCAUCGUACAGUUGGUACGAAAGGGUCCCAUCUUUCUCUAACAUCGCAGAUGGCCCGAGCAGGGGUGAUUCAUCAGAGGCCCUGGCCGUCUGCACCGACAAGGUGGGAAACGACUACCCGCUUGACCAAAGCCUCACCCGGAGGCUCUUGUCUUCUUGA